AUGCAACCGACAUAUCUCUAUCCAUCUGAAUUUGAUCAAGAAAUCCAAUGGCGUUCAAAAUUCUCGAUGGUCAUACCGAUUAUUAUCGGCUUCUUACAAAUGAUCUUAACAGUCGCUAUUGUUGGUCUCGAGAUCGCAUCUGUCGUCAUUUCACCGAGUCGAGGUACACUUUAUGCUGGCUUUUGGUUAUCAAUUUUCUUCACCAUAUCAUGGGUGUCGAUGUUUAUCUUAGGUAUUUCAAAGAAUAAAAAACUAAAACAACAUUUAAAUGUUCUCGUUCUAGUUUGUUGUCAUCGUUCACGUAAAUGGUCAACCUAUGUUUUCUUCAUAUCUAUUCUUUGUGCUGCAGCUGCAAUCACAUUGAUUGUUCUGGAUGCUUUGUUCAUUGCUAAUAUCACACGAUGCUUCUUUUCGAAUGUUAUCUGUACCGAUAUUGAAUCGUCAGGGUAUCGACGAUCAGGUAUACCAUUAGGAAGAAAAGUUCAAAUUCUCAAAGCACAAUUAGCAAUGGCAGCAGCUUUGUUAGCAACAGCUAUUUUGUACAUGCUUCUAUUCAUUUUAGCAAGUAUGAGUAGUCGACCAGGCAAAAAUCGUGUUCUUAUGCAAGAGUCUCAAUCACGACCACAAGUUGUUCGUCGAACUGAAACGAUUCAACCAACACAAGGAUGGAAAGCAACAUCGGUACCUGUUACAUACGAACCAAGUCAACUUGAAUGUCCUCAUUGUGGUACAUUAAUCAAAUUAGCUCAGAAGAAACGAUGA